AUGAUUACUUAUCAUCUGAAAGCUAACGUAGCUAUAAUUAAAGUGAGUUCGAACAUCAUAUUUUUAGUUGCUUUACUCGUUGAUUUAUUUCAAUUGACCACAACUGACCAAGUAUAACCUGACUCGCAAUCAAAGACCUGAAUAACACCAUGAAGCACAUCAAGAUUCUGCUCUGUUUCUUUGCUUUUCUUUAUUCGGUUUUUGCUCAAGACUUCGACUAUCCAAUUGUCGUAGACAGGGAGUUGUUCGCCAAACCCAAUGACGAGGUCAGUUUUUCGUGCCAACUCGCCUUUGGAGAUCUUUUGAAUCCCAAUCGUUGUCUGUUCAUCACUCCUCAAAAACGGCAUUAUUUGGCUAAUAUUACCGAUGGAUUGGUCUACGAUGAGAACGCUUUGGUGGUCCCAGCCUUCACGGCUUUUGGUGAUGAACGAACUUGCGGUCUUCACUCAGAAGAGUUCCAAUCCAUCUUUGCUGGCCAAUGGCAGUGUAUAUUGAAUGAUGCCCCCGCUCAUUUAGCCUCAUUUCACAUCUUUAUGGAGGAUGGAGAGUCAACCCAUGUUCAAGACCGGAUCAGAUUACCCAAGCACGUGAUUCCAAGUGUUUACGAGGUAGAGCUCAGCCCGAGGAUUGAAGAGGGAGAUUUUGAGAUCCCUGGAACAAUGAAACUCCACUUCUCUGUAGACCUUGAUGAAGACGACCAUGUAAUGCAUAAGAUUGUUUUACACAGUAAGAGCACUCUUAUUGUGGAGGAUUCAAUCACCAUCAUUUCAGCGUUGGACCCAGAACCAUUGAAUAUAACUGCUUUCGAAUACGAUUUGGAACGCGAGUUCUUCAUCAUUCAUCUGGAGGACCCGCUGGAACACGAAACAUUUUCAGAUGAGUAUACUCUCUCUAUGGACUUUGUGUCGUAUUUAAGUGACUCCCUGGAUGGUUUUUAUCGGAGCUCCUACCAAGAUCCAGUCACAAACAUGACGAAAUAUUUGGCCGUCACGCAAUUUGAAUCCACCUCAGCUCGAUUGGCCUUUCCUUGCUUAGACGAGCCUGAUCGGAAAGCGAAAUUUAACAUCAAGUUGGGACACAAGAAGGGCACUGAAGCCGUGUCCAAUAUGAACGUCCUUGCAACGACAGAAAUUGGCGAUGACAGAAUGGUGACCGAAUUUGCCCAAACCGAUAUCAUGUCCACCUACUUGUUGGCCUUUCUAAUUUCCGAGUUUCAACCCACUGUGGGCAUCGAUAGUGACAUUGACUUCUCGAUUUAUCACAUGCCGGGAAAAGAGGAUCAAGCGGUAAAGGCCGCUGAGGUUGGUCCUCGGGUCUUGAAGUACUACGAAGAUUAUUUCGGUAUUGACUAUCCACUUCCCAAAAUGGACAUGGCAGCCAUCCCGGAUUUCAGUGCUGGUGCCAUGGAAAACUGGGGACUUAUCACUUACCGGGAAGCCACUUUGCUCUAUCAAGAAAGUAUUUCUUCCAAAGGUGAUGAGGAUCGGGUUGUGGAGGUGAUUGCUCACGAAUUGGCUCAUCAAUGGUUUGGGAACCUCGUUACAAUGAAGUGGUGGACCGAUCUCUGGCUUAACGAAGGCUUUGCUACAUAUGUUGAAAACAUUGGGUCCACCUUCAUCCUACCCAACAAUGAAAAGUUGGACCGCGUUCUUAUCAUGGAUCUCCAUGAUGUAUUUGGCAUUGAUGCUCUUGUCUCUUCCAAACCCAUCAGUGUGGAGGUAGCUAAUCCAGACUACGACAUGACUUACAGCCGUCUCUCUUAUGGCAAAGGCAACUGCCUCAUUCGUAUGAUUGAGAACUUCAUCACAUUGGAAGUGUUCAAGGCCGGGAUCAAUCAGUACCUUGAAACGAAGCAACAUGAAAAUGCUGAUCGCUACGAUCUCUGGAAUGCCUUGAAUGAAGUGGCCCAAUCAGCCAAUAUUCUACCGAAAGAUCUUGACAUUGCCCAAAUCAUGGAGAACUGGACCGAGAAAGAAGGUUAUCCAGUACUCAUGGUCACCCUUGAGGACGAUGGAACCCGGUCAGUGAGACAAAAGCGGUUUCUUUUAGACCCUGACGCCGUUGAGUCCAGUCUGAAGUAUUUCAUCCCCAUCAACAUUGAAUAUGCUGAGGGUAAAUUUACUAAUACCACUGCCACUGCUUGGUUGAAACCCGAUGACGAGGACUUGGCACUGGAAAUAGAGACGGAUAAGGAUCAAGCUUAUAUUUUAAAUGUCAAACAGACGGGCUACUAUCGCGUCAAUUAUGAGCCCGAAAAUUGGCAAAAGAUACACGACACCUUGAUGAAGAACUCAAAGGCUAUUGGAAAAUUGAAUCGAGCUCAAAUUCUCGAUGACAGCUUUAAUCUGGCCCGAGCAGGUCAGCUGGAUUACCACGUCCCUUUGAACUUGUCCUUGUACUUGUCCCAAGAGGAUGAGUAUGUCCCUCUUCAAGCGGGUUUAAAUGCCCUCAAGUAUCUAGAGACGAUGAUGUGGAAUGCUGAUCAGGAAUACAACCUUUUCAAGGACUACGUCAAGUCUCUAUUGACCAAUGCCUUUGAUGACAUUGGUUUCGAUGUUGCCAAUGAAGACUCAUUUGUCAAGAUCCUUCGACAAAAGUCAAUUCUACAAUUCAUGUGCUUCUAUGGAGAUGCAUCAUGCAUUCGAGAAGCCGUAGAGCAGUUUGAAGCGUGGAUGUCUAAUCCAGAGGCUGGUAACAAAAUAAAUCCAGACUUGCGCCAACUCAUCUACGAAGUGGCGAUUCAAAAUGGGGAUCAAAGUCAUUUCAAUUUCCUACUUAACCAGUUAUCCCAAGUGGAAGUGGAUCAAGAUAUUCAAAAGAUCAUUUAUGGACUUGGCCAUUCAUUGCAUGAGGGGCUUUUGAAGCAACUUUUGGAUCUGACUUUGGCUGAUGAAGGAACGAUUCGGUCACAAGAUUUUCGGUCCGUUUAUCGGGCGGUGGGCUCGACUUCAUUUGGACGAAGAGUUCAAUUUGAUUGGCUGAAGGCUAAUCUAGACGUUUUGCCAACUUCUUCAGUGCCAGAAAUUAUUGCCGGGUUCAUCAAUACAGCCAAUACAAAGAACGAGAUUGAGGAGCUCGAAGAUUUCAUUGAGAAAAAGAAAGACGAUUUAGGACUAGUCAUGGGAUCCUUGAACCAAGGGCUCGACAAGGCCAGGAUUAACUUGAAAUGGACUACCGCCAACUUUGAAACCAUCGUGGAUUGGAUUCAAUCCUUGCCUGAUCCAGCACCAACAACAACCACAAGAACAACAAUAUCAACAACAGUUACAACAGGAUCAGAAUCAUCGACUUCUGGAUCAACUGCAACAGGUUCAACUGAACCAUUUACCACUACGGACAUCGUCACAGGAUCAGCAUUUUUAGUAAGACCAUAUUGGGAAAUUUUAUUGUUUGGGGUGUUUUCAACCGCACUUUCUCACCUAUUCAAUUGUUAAGGCUCUCGAACAAACUUGGAUUAGCAACUUUGUGAUCAUCCUUGUAAAAUCUGCCAAAUAAACCCUCUGCUCCAAACUGA